AUGAACGACACCUCGGAACUGGUACCUCCAAAAUGGCCUAUCAAAGCAUUUUACGGAAUGUCCAUCAUCUCUUUUCCUCUGUAUUUCCUCGUUUUCAUUUGUCUUCUUCGUCUCCGAUGUGUUUCGAAAGCCUACAAUACAACUUUUUACUCUAUCUUGUUACAACAUUGUAUCGCCGACCUGCUAACCAUGUUCCUAUUCUUCUUCACAAAUUCCGUUCGCACGGUUCCAGGAAUUCGAGAGUUCUACUUCUAUUACCAAAGCUAUUAUCUUGCAGCUUCCAGCUAUAAUCAUAUUUAUUAUUUUCUCUACAUCAGAUGCACGGGAAUUGUCUUUCUUUCUCUCCAACGAUAUCUCGUAAUUACGUGUCCAAAUAGUUAUGUGACUCAAAAAGUUCAACAAGCAUCAAAACUGCAAAUAAUUUUGGUCUACUGGAUAGUUCCAACACUCAUAAGCAUUGUUGUUCUGACGGAUACAAACUUCCAAUACGACAAGUUAGAGACAAUGGCAAUUAUAGCAGAGCAAUCAGUAAUCAAAAGAAACACAUUAAUGGCUCUCAUCGUGGUAGGAUUGACUUGUGUCUUCUGUUCAUUGGCAUACGGAGCACUCUUCUAUUAUAUUAGGAAACAUACAGCUGGCCUGUCAAAAUCUCUCCGUCGAGAAGUUCAUCUUGCAUUCCAAGUAUUCGUAUUGCUUCUCGCAUUCUUCGCUAUUCUUGCCUAUUACGCCUUUCAGAACUAUUUUUCGCAAUUUUCGAAUACAGGACAAAUAUUCUACAUGCGUGCUUUGUAUCCAGUUGCUAACGGUCUUCUCUCAUACAUCAACCCGUACUGUAUUCUAAUUUUGAAUAGAGAACUAGCUCGUCAAGUGUUUCGAUGUGUAACGUGUCACAAGUACAAAGUGAGUGAACAGUCUCCAGUCCAAGUCUCCGGAAUCGCCUCUCAUUCCACAAAACAACAAAAUUCAGUUUCCAGUCGGAAGGAUGGAUCCAGGAAAGCGAAUAAGAGAGUCGUCAUUAUAUGA